AUGACCUUCGCAUCAAAAUUAUUGAAACAGUAUACUGUUGGGCUCUUGCGAUCACAUCCUUACAAAGCCCACUCUAUCCCCGGCCCGGCUAGGUUUAUCCAGGCUUCUCAAUGUGUCGAAGAAGAGCGCGCACCCAAUUACAAUCCCAGGCAUUUUUGUCCCAUCCAACUCCAUUCGGUAAUUGCCAACAGAUAUCAAGUGGCUUCUAAACUUGGGUGGGGGACCAGCUCGACAGUCUGGCUGGCUAGGGAUCUUUACCAGUGGCGCUGGCUUCCUCCACGUUAUGUCGCGAUAAAGGUCAAUGCAAAUAAUUACAAGUCUAAAGAAUACACCGAAAUGGAGUUACGAAUCACACAGCGUAUAACCCAAACAAAUGCAGCCGACGACGGCCGGUAUUUUGUCCGCACUUUGCUUGACUCAUUCGACUUGCAGGGGCCAUACGGCGACUAUAUUUGCAUGGUCUUUAACCCCCUCUACGAGCCUUUAUGGAUACUAAAACGGCGCUUUCAAGGUAGCGUUCUUCCCAACGAUGUUCUAAGGACCGUCAUACAGAUGGUCGUAAUAGGCCUUCAUUAUCUUCAUACCCACUGUCAUGUUAUCCAUACAGAGGAUCCACUACCUCACAAAAUUUCCGAUGAUCGAGCAAUAUAUCUCUCACGCAACGACUUUGGCUUUCAAGCAGACAACGUAGGUGUGCCAGUGAUCACGGAUUUUGGGCUUUCGGUUUGUGGAGACAAGGGCCCUCACAAGCACUCUAUUCAACCAAAUGGCCCUGAAGCCCCAGAGAUUAUAAUUGGAGCCAGUUGGGACGAUAGUGUUGAUAUAUGGAAUCUAGGCGUAUUGAUCUGGGAACUGCUUUGUGGGACCGGCCCUUUCGAUUGUUCAACAUCAUCUUCAGAUUCAACUUACAGGGAAGAAAAGCAUUUGGCGUCUAUUAUCUCCUUGAUCGGCCCUCCGCCAGAGGAUAUGCUUAGGCGAGGAAGUCGAAGUUCGCGAUAUUUUAAUGACGAUGGUCAAUUCAAGUUUCCCGGUCUCAUUUCGAAAGAACGAGGACUUGAAACAAAGCUUACGGUCAUCGAAGGGCAUGAGAAGCAGAUGUUUUUGAAUUUUGUCUCUAGACUGCUCCAAUGGCGACCAGAGGAUCGAGCAACUGCAGAGGAACUACUCUCAGAUCCCUGGCUGAAUGAAUAG